UGAGCUGGGAAACUCUGCCUCCUGGGAUGCUGGGAAGAUAAAAGGCAGUGGCAUCUGCUAAUUGCCCACCAGGAGGUGGGCAUAUAGCACACCUGAACUGCCUGGCCUGGAUCCCGAGGGAUGUAAAGACAAGGCUUGGGUUCUGUCUAAUGGGACUUCAUAAGAAAGUGACAGUGGGUCUUUUCUCUUAGUAAUAAUUUUCCAAAGGUCACUGAGUCUUGAUUGCUAGAAUUGAAAGGGAUUCAGUGGCUCUCUCUUUGGAGAUCACCUUUUCCACUCAUCUCAUUUUUAAGAAGAGUAAACUGGGGCCCAAGGUCAUGCAGAGAAAAAGAAGCGUUGGUCCAAAGACUGGGGGAAAACGAAGAGGCGGAGGCCAGUUUCAAUCCUCUGACAUCACAAAGAAAAGGGAGAAGGAAAGCAAGACUGUUCACAGCCAAUGUUAAUUAACUCAUUUCUCUGUGGCUCUCCCCUUAUUGUUUCUAGAAGCAUUUGUCUCUCAUACCCUCGCUCCCACCUCCAGCCACUGCAUAAAACUGUCACAGAUUAAAUCAGAUUGUUCAGUCAUUUCAUUGGGGAGACCCCAGCUCUCAGUCCCUGGAGGCACUUCCGCUCUUCUCAAAUCAAAGUCUCUUUCAGAUGAGUUCACUCCUACUUGGAGUCGGUAGGAAGCCAGCGAGCAGACCUCUAAGGGGCAGCUGGACUGAUGAGCUUUUCUGAAAAGCGCGGGCAGGAUACGGUGCUUGCAGCCCAGCCCAGCCCCUGCUCACAGCUUGCGCCCACCUGCCAGACAGAAACAAGGAGAGGACCGAGAACCCGGGCUCCCAGCCUCCACUCCACUUUCUCAUCUCGAGACCGUGGAGGGCUCGUGGCUCACUCUCCGUGUGGAUCCCCUGAGCCAUUGGCUUCGAGUGGCUUCGACAGCCCGGGGAGAGAGAAAAAUGGGAAACAGCAUGCGAUCUACCCCGGCGCCUCCCGAGAGGCCUCUGCCUAGCCCAGAGGGACUGGACAGCGACUUCCUGGCUGUGCUGAGUGACUACCCGUCUCCUGACAUCAGCCCCCCGAUAUUCCGCCGUGGGGAGAAACUGCGUGUGAUUUCUGAUGAAGGGGGCUGGUGGAAAGCCAUUUCCCUUAGCACUGGUCGAGAGAGCUACAUUCCUGGAAUAUGUGUGGCCAGAGUUUACCAUGGCUGGCUGUUUGAGGGGCUGGGCAGAGACAAAGCUGAGGAGCUGCUGCAGCUGCCAGACACGAAGAUCGGCUCCUUCAUGAUCAGGGAGAGUGAGACCAAGAGAGGUUUUUAUUCGCUCUCGGUUAGACACCGGCAGGUGAAGCAUUACCGCAUCUUCCGUCUGCCAAACAACUGGUAUUACAUUUCCCCAAGACUCACCUUCCAGUGCCUGGAGGACCUGGUGAACCACUAUUCUGAGGUGGCCGACGGCCUCUGCUGUGUGCUGACCACGCCCUGCCUCACUCAGACCACGGAUGCCCCAGCAGUGAGGGCCCCCGACGCACCUGUCACCUUGCGCCAGAAGACCUUCGACUGGAAGAGGGCGUCCAGACGGCAAGAUGACCCGGAGGGGGCUGAGAACCCACUCAGUGUGGAUGAGUCCCUUUUCAGCUACGGCCUUCGGGAAAGCAUCGCCUCCUACCUGUCCCUGACCGGGGAUGACAGCACCUCCUUCGAUCGAAAGAAGAAAAGCGUCUCUUUGAUGUACAGUGGAAGCAAAAGAAAGAGCUCUUUCUUCUCGUCAACGCCGUACUUUGAAGACUAGCCCGAGAACAGACACCAUGGUGUUUGCACAAAGUAACAGAGGUUCAAACUGUCACCUGGGAUCUUGCAGAAAGGCACGGUUUCCUGGUCCCCGGGGAACCCCACAUCUUCCAGAAGCCAAGAGAAGCCACAUGGAGAAUUGAACUCUCAUCUUCUCUAUCUGCGUCAUGACAAAGGGAACCCCUCUCUGGCAUUUGAUCAGGCACAUUGCAAAAUGUGGACUCCUGGCAUCUUCAGGCGAGGGUUCAGAAGAGCCCUGCGUGUGUGCAUGUGCACGCCACAUUUGUGGGAAAGACAAAGAUGCUCUCUCACAGGAACGUGCCCAACCAAGGACCACUCUCCAACACACCGCCCAGGUGGACUCACUCUGAGGUCCCUGAAGAAAACCUCUGAAUGAGAUAAGCCUGAGAAGAAGAUGAGCCAGAAACUGUGGCCUGGCAGAAAGUCUGGGUUUGCAAAUUGAUCUCCUGCAUUGAACUUUUGUAACCAAUCUGUAAAGAGACCUCUGGGAUAUGGCUCCUCUCUUUUUAAGGGAGUUCAGUGACACUAAAUGCUAACCUUCCUUACGAGCCCUGAAUGGGGAGAUCCCUUUGGGCUUCUCGUUCCAAAGCUACGUGUGCAGAAGUCAGAUGGCCUCCCUACUUCUGCUGAGACCACGAGUAAUGGGGGAGGGGGGCGGCUGCUGACAGUGAAAGCGCGAGGGCAGGCCUGGCACUGCGCAAGAUUUCAUGAGGUCGCCGACCACAGCUCACAGCACAGGAAGAGCUUCCCUGGGGUGCUGAGAUUCUUGUCUAUAUUAAUGCAUCAAUUACUCAUUCAUGACAGUGACUGCCAGAAGCGGCACUGUGUUAAGUUCUGUGUAAGGUGUCAGGUCAAAAAUAUGUAUAUGUGUGUGUGUGUGUGUGUGUGUGUGUAUAUAUACAUAGAGAGAGAGAGAGAGAGAGAGAGAGAGAGCGAGCGGGAGGGGCCCCAGCAGUGUAGACAGGGAGAAAAGUGUAUAAACAAAUAUUGUGAAAGGGGGCUGUAGAAGCAGAAAUCAGCUCACAGCUUUGGGUGGGAGUGGGGUCAGGUGAGGGUGACCCAGGAGCUCAUGUUUCAGCUGGAUCUUUAAACAGUGGAACGGUUGGUUGGACUGGGUAAGUGAGAAUGGUUGGAUUUUUUGAAAAAAGGAAACUGAUAAGUUCUAAAGGAAUAACGCAUCCAGUAUCUUAUUCUAAAACGAGUCUGGCAGCCACAGGAAUAAAAAUGCUCAGCUCUAGAAAAGAUGGGAAUUGGAGUGGCUUAAUUCUGUCAAACAUAAUUCUAAGAGACGAAAGAGAAAACAUAGCAAAGUUCUAGAGCAGAAGAAGCCUUUAUCUCCAGAUCCUGUUAGGAAGGGGGCUGCAGAUGUCGCCGUGACGCAUUUUCCCAGUUGCAAAGGGAUUCAGGGGGAGGAGGGGCACUGCCAACAGGAAAGGUUUGUCUGUCCAGUAUAUAUGCAUUCUGUCCAUCUGAGAUCACUGCGCUGGUGGUGUGUGCACACGCGCUUACAUGAUUUUCUGUAUCAUCAGAUUCCAGUGUGUUUAUCCAAGAAGACACUUGUGGUUUCCUCAACAUUCCCCAAAGGCUGUUUCUAUAGAGCCAGCCAAUGUAUGGGAAAUGAAUGUAGCUCUGGGGACCUCGGCUUCCGCCAUAAGGCAGGGUGACCUGGUGAACACCUGUGUAUACAGCGUCUUCUGUAUUGUUUUCUGUUGUGAUUCACGUGGUUGGAACAUUUGGGGAAUAGGCGGAGGGAUUUCUAAGUGGGAAGCAUUACGCUUUGCUAAAUCAUGUAUGUAUUCCUGAUUAAAAUAAACCUAAUGAAUAUUUAA